GCUCGCCGGUGUCCCCGCCAGCAACCCGGACCCAGCGGCCGGCGUCCCCGCCGCCGCCCGGACCCAGCGCCCUAGCAGUGUCCCCGCCAGUGUCCCCGCCUCCGCCCGGACCCGGCGCCCACCUGCAGGAAGCAGCCAUGUCACCAUUUCUUCGAAUUGGUUUGUCCAACUUUGACUGCGGGUCCUGCCAGCCGUGUCAGGGAGAGGCUGUUAACCCUUACUGCGCUGUGCUGGUCAAAGAAUAUGUGGAGUCGGAAAAUGGGCAGAUGUAUAUCCAGAAAAAGCCAACCAUGUACCCGCCCUGGGACAGCACUUUCGACGCCCACAUCAACAAGGGAAGGGUAAUGCAGAUCAUUGUGAAGGGCAAGAAUGUGGACCUGAUUUCCGAAACUACAGUGGAGCUCUACUCCCUGGCUGAGAGAUGUAGGAAGAACAAUGGGAAGACAGAAAUAUGGUUAGAGCUGAAACCUCAAGGCCGAAUGCUAAUGAAUGCAAGAUACUUUCUGGAAAUGAGCGACACAAAGGACAUGAGUGAAUUUGAGACUGAGAGCUUCUUUGCUUUGCAUCACCGCCGAGGAGCCAUCAAACAGGCCAAGGUCCACCAUGUCAAGUGCCAUGAGUUCACCGCCACCUUUUUCCCACAGCCCACGUUUUGCUCUGUCUGCCAUGAGUUUGUCUGGGGUCUGAACAAGCAGGGCUACCAGUGUCGACAAUGUAAUGCGGCAAUUCACAAGAAGUGUAUUGAUAAAGUUAUAGCGAAGUGCACAGGAUCAGCUAUCAAUAGCCGAGAAACCAUGUUCCACAAGGAGAGGUUCAAAAUUGACAUGCCGCACAGAUUCAAAGUCUACAAUUACAAAAGCCCGACCUUCUGCGAGCACUGCGGGACCCUGCUGUGGGGGCUGGCCAGGCAAGGCCUCAAGUGUGAGGCAUGUGGCAUGAACGUCCAUCACAAGUGCCAGACAAAGGUGGCUAACCUUUGUGGCAUAAACCAGAAGCUAAUGGCUGAAGCACUGGCAAUGAUCGAGAGCACUCAGCAGGCUCGCUGCUUAAGAGAUACGGAACACAUCUUCAGGGAAGGCCCAGUGGAAAUUGGUCUCCCAUGCUCCAUGAAGGGUGAAGCACAGCUGCCAUAUAUACCAGCACCGGGGAAAAGAGAGCCUCAGGGAAUCUCCUGGGAGUGUCCCUCGGAGGAGACGGAGAAAGUGUGCCAUCAUCCAGAACCUGAACUGAACGUAGAAAAACCAUCUCUACAUAUGAAAUUAAAAAUCGAGGAUUUUAUCUUGCACAAAAUGUUGGGGAAGGGAAGUUUUGGCAAGUUUCGAGUUCACUCUUUGUACUGUACAUUCCAGACCCAGGAAAACCUCUUUUUUGUGAUGGAGUAUCUCAAUGGAGGAGACUUAAUGUACCACAUCCAGGCCUGCCACAAGUUUGAUCUCUCCAGAGCAACGUUUUAUGCUGCUGAAAUCAUUCUUGGUCUGCAGUUCCUCCAUUCCAAAGGAAUUGUCUACAGGGAUCUGAAGCUAGAUAAUAUCCUGUUAGACAAAGAUGGACAUAUCAAAAUAGCGGACUUUGGAAUGUGCAAGGAGAACAUGCUCGGAGACACCAAGACAAACACUUUCUGCGGGACCCCUGACUACAUCGCCCCGGAGAUCUUGCUGGGUCAGAAAUACAACCACUCUGUUGACUGGUGGUCCUUCGGCGUCCUCCUCUACGAAAUGCUAAUAGGUCAGUCGCCAUUCCAUGGGCAAGAUGAGGAAGAGCUCUUCCACUCCAUACGCAUGGACAACCCCUUUUAUCCACGAUGGCUUGAAAAGGAGGCUAAAGACCUUUUAGUGAAGCUCUUCGUGAGAGAACCGGAGAAGAGGCUGGGCGUGAGGGGAGACAUCCGCCAGCACCCUUUGUUUCAGGAGAUCAACUGGGAAGAGCUGGAAAGGAGGGAGAUUGAGCCGCCCUUCCGGCCCAAAGUGAAAUCACCGUAUGACUGCAGCAAUUUUGACAAAGAAUUCUUAAAUGAGAAACCCCGGCUGUCACUGGCUGACAGAGCACUGAUCAACAGUAUGGACCAGAAUAUGUUCAAAAACUUUUCCUUCAUUAACCCAGGGAUGGAGAGGCUCAUAUCCUGAUUCAUCUCCCCACACACACAAAGGAAUUGGCCUUCUGUGAACCGGUUCAAGCGACACUGCGUGGGUUCCUUUCCAAUGUGGAAAAGAAAAGAAACACUCAACGUUAAAGGCUGAAGCCUGUUAGCUCCUCACUGACCUUGUAGCAGAAACCAAGUCUACUUCACUAACGACAGCCCCUGUGGAUCUCUCUCGUCAUCUCCCACAGCUGCUGGGAGUUUGGUCAAUAGUAACCAGAGUUAUUACUUGAAAGAUGAGUCUCACACUGUGAAAGAUUUGAGAACUUAGAAGCACCCUAAAUGCUGGCCCUUCCCUUGGGCGCCAACUGCUGAUUGAUGACAUACUAGAUGACUCAAGGAGCAGAGAACAAACUUCUCAAGACUGAAACAGCACCUGCCUGGUUGGUAGUGGAUUUCAUUCAGCCACAGUCAAGUAACCACUAGUGCAUUUUAUUUCUGUUCACAUCUGUGGAAGUGCAAAUGGUUGGGGGGAGCCCUGAAUAGGUUUUUAUGGGGAUUCUUCACAAUAAACAUAACUUGUAACUUGCAGUUUACAAAUCCAUUCAUUCUGACAAGCCAUGAAAUUCACAGGAAAGAAGAAGAUGGCUAGUGGGAAGAGCCCAUGUUACUGAUACAGAAGGUGUAGUGGAACAUCUCUGGUUAUCUUGUCAACACAGAUAUUAGUGUCCAACAAAGACAGAUACAUUUCCCUCCUCCAACAACACCUUUCCAGCCAUCCAGUCUCAGUUGAUAUCAAUUAUCAGUAGUCGUCACUCAUGACCAUCUUCUCAUUAUAACGAGGAAAAAUGAAGUGCAAAGAAAGCCAGCCCCUUAUCAGACCUUUGGUGAUGAAGACUCACAAGGCUCUCUUUAGGUGAUUCAUUCAUCAAAUGACCCACGCAUGCUACUUGUAGCAGCCAGUCUUAUUUAAUUAGAAUUCCAGCUGUACCUUUUUAGGUAUCUGUGUGUCUGUCUUAUUUUGAUUAAAUGUUAUGACUUAAUGACAAAGAGGUGGAUAUGUAGAAAUGGAAUAAAAGGAAAAAAGAAA